UAUAGCAGCCCGGCGUAAAACCCACAGUAGCAGACUAAUAGCGAGUAUGGUACAUCCAUUUAUAAUUUAACGACGGCAAUAUACCACGGUGUUGUCAAUGGUGUUGUAAUGGUAGGGUGAGUGCAAGCUACCGUAAGCCCCAACCCCCAAGAUGGCGUUUUGGAAGAGAAGAAGCCGGGGUUCCUUCGCUCCUUCCUCCCAUGACAGAGUUGCUGUCAACUACCUUGGGCGGCACCCGGUGGUAGACAACACCGAUCUGGAGCACACUGCCACACCGCUGGAUAUACUGUACAGAAACUACAAGGACGGAAAAGAACAGGCGCAGCGUGUUACCGUGGAAGUUAUUAUCAAUGGAUUGGUGAUCUCCAUGUUGAAGGGGUUCUCGCCUCCAUCGGAGUCAUCUGCCUCAUUUAGUAACCGUACUAUCUUACCGGCAUCCAAGAUGUACGUCGGGGCGACGGAUCCUGCUCGCCCCAAAAUCUUCUUCGUCGUGAAGAGGAGAGACGAUGACGCGACGGAUGACACUACCACCAGUGGCAAGUACGAGUGUCACGCCUUUCUGUGUGACACCCCGGCCAUUGCGAACUCCCUAACGGUGCAGCUGAUGGAGACGUUCAACCACUCCGUGGAAGAUGAAAUCAAGCUUGCCUACCGGAGGAGCCUCGAUAUGAUGCAGCGAUCACAGCAACAGGCCUCCCGGGAUAAGGUCCUCGGCAGGUCCCAAUCCCUCAAUCUACCGAGGUCACGAGGCCGACAAGAACCCGUCUCCAUGCUGAAGGUGACCCGGAAUGUUGACCACGGAUUCAAGAACAGUAACGAAGGGAAUAACAAUUCAGAAAUUGCAAGAAUUCUGGCCAAACGGGAUGGGGACCAGGCGCCUGUGGAACACGGGUAUAGCAACAAGAUCGCCACCGACUCAGCACCACAAAUUACCGCAACCACGGAGGGGGGAAGCUCUGGAAUUAUCCCCCCUGAAAUGAACGAUCCAGUCCCCACAACAUUCACACCGACACACCCCGACCCAUCACCCCCGGUACUAUUACGGCAGUCGCACCUGUCGCCCUCCCCGGUGCAGGAGCAAAGUCCCAAGGCAAGCCCGAAGCCGAGCCCCAAACAGAGCCCAAAGGAUAACCCUCGGAACAUAUCUGCAGAGAACACCAAGGAAAACCAGGAGGUGGUGGAAAAGGAGCAAAAAGAAGCACGGAAGAAAGCCGUAAGAUUUGCUGAUGACGCGGAGAUUAUCUGAGGUCGAUUUAGGGGGGGGGGGGUGUAGUUUUAUUCUAAGCAUCAGACGAGUGUAUUAUACGAAUCCACGCAAUGACCUAUACAGAUAAGCACUAAUUAUUACUCAGCAUUAUGAUUGACGAUAAGGCUGAACGAUAUUAAUUUGUAUACAAUUCUUAUGUACCAUGUUAUGGCAUGGUAUCCCACUUCAAUCUUUAAAUGCACUGGACACUAUUGGUAAUUUCCUUUUUUUACUCAAAAUAAUUGUUGGAUUAAAAACUAGUUUGACGAGUAUUGGAGAGCUGUCAAUUGUUUAAGACAUUGCGGGAAACAGCUCCCUAUGAAGUAACGUAGUUUACGAGAAAGUGGUAAAUUCUCAUUCAAAUAUUUGAAUCAGAUAAAGACUCGGAUCUGAAGCGUUUUUAGCCACCCAAAAGCACACCAACUUGUGCAACGAUCAUGUUUUUUUGCAAGUUCGAUGACGUAUUUAGUCCAAAUCGUCACAAUUCACAUUGUUGUUUUAUGAAUGUUGGGGAUGGGUAAACCACCAAGUGAGAGAACUGGUAUUUGACAACUGCCAGUGCCUUUAUUAAAGAUGCUCUUUUUUUACUCGUGGCCAUACAUUAUGCUGGAGUGAUAAAAAGUUCACAAAAGUCUUUCAGUAAACUAACAGUAAACACUACGCACACAAGACGUGUCGUUUCUCUUUCCAAUACUUUGCAUUCCUUUUCUCCAAAUGUUUUUUAAUUGGGACAUAACUUUAUCAUUUAGGGCGUGAGAAUUGUUAUAAAUAAGAGAAUUGUUUUCAAAUAGUUUCUCUCUAUGCACAAACACGACGAAUUGCCGAAACUGCAUAGUUUAGUGCCUCAGUUUAGUGUAUUAUACAAUAAAAUAAAAUUAUUUUCCAAAUUGACUCUGUGCACGCAUGCGUUUAACAGAAUACUUUGGCGUUCUGCAGCCAUCAUGUGUUUAGUUUCUAUUUUAAUAUAAAACAUUGGAACACAGGCUCGAAAUAAGUGCUUGCUUCCUCUUGCUGCUUUGAAUAUGCGUAUUGUUCACUGUUAAUGGAACUAAACCAGUUACACAAAGCACUCAUGCAUGUAAGCCAUUUUUGAGGUAUGGCGGACACUUUGGGUUGGGGCAUAUUUCUCUGUAGACACUUAUCCAAACAGUGCAAAGUGUUCUCCCUACCCCAAAAGGCUAUCAUGUACUUAAAGGGAAGGUUCACGUUUGGUAAUUACUCAAACCAAAUAAUUUUAACUUAAAAACUGACUUGGUUAUGA